UAAAAUAUCCACGAAAAAAUCAACCCAAGCCGCUCGCUCUCUACUUUUUUUUUUUUCUCUCUCUAAAAAUCCUCUCUUCCGAACUCGCCAACCAAUCGGCCGCGUCUCUCUCUCUCUCUCUCGGUCUCUUUAUACAGCAACUUUCUCAUCACAAUUUCGAUCUUUAUUAUUAUUAUUAUUAUUAUUAUUUUGAGCUAGGGUUUUAAAUCUUUGAAUUAUUAGGUGAUAAUCUGGAAAUUCCGGUUUAUUGCUAUUGAAUAAUCGUAGAGUUUGUUUUUGUUUAUAAUUGAAUUGUGUCUUCUCUACGUUUUGCUUGGGGUGGGGAAGAUGGUGAUUUCGGAGGGAUUGAGUGCAUCCCCGCCGCCGGCAAAGCAGUACGGCGUAACGAAACCGAUUUCGACUGCGGGUCCCACUGAAGCUGAUAUUCAGAGAACUCGUGAAUUGGAGAAGUUGUUGGGCGAUUCUGGGCUUUAUGAGAGCAAAGAUGAAGCUGUCAAGAGAGAGGAGGUUCUUGCUCGGAUUGACCAGAUUGUAAAAGAUUGGGUGAAGCAGCUAACUCGUUUGAGGGGAUACACAGAUCAGAUGGUGGAGGAUGCCAAUGCUGUCAUUUUUACAUUUGGUUCUUAUCGGCUUGGGGUGCAUGGUCCUGGGGCUGAUAUUGACACAUUGUGUGUUGGGCCAUCUUAUGUAAAUAGGGAGGAGGACUUCUUCUUUGUAUUGCACAACAUUUUGGCAGAAAUGGAAGAAGUUACAGAGCUACAGCCAGUUCCAGAUGCUCAUGUUCCAGUUAUGAGAUUCAAGUUUGAUGGAAUAUCAAUUGAUCUUCUCUAUGCAAGUAUCUCCCUUUUAGUGGUACCAGAAGACUUGGACAUUUCCGAUGUUUCUGUUCUAUACGAUGUUGAUGAGCCUACUGUACGGAGUCUUAAUGGCUGUAGGGUUGCUGAUCAAAUUCUUAAGCUCGUUCCCAAUGUUGAGCAUUUUCGCACAACACUUCGUUGCUUGAAGUUUUGGGCUAAAAGACGCGGAGUUUAUUCCAAUGUCACUGGGUUUCUUGGUGGAGUUAAUUGGGCUCUUCUUGUUGCUCGAAUAUGCCAACUUUACCCUAAUGCCAUUCCCAGCAUGCUUGUUUCUAGAUUUUUUAGAGUCUAUACACAGUGGCGUUGGCCUAACCCUGUUAUGCUGUGUCCCAUUGAAGAAGAUGAACUUGGAUUUUCUAUUUGGGAUCCUCGUAAAAAUCCUCGUGACCGAACUCAUCAUAUGCCAAUUAUAACACCGGCCUACCCAUGUAUGAAUUCUAGCUACAAUGUUUCCACAAGUACACUGCGGGUCAUGAUGGAGCAGUUCCAGUAUGGUAACAAGAUCUGCGAGGAGAUAGAGCUGAUUAAAACUCAAUGGGCCACUCUGUUUGAGCCAUACUUGUUCUUUGAAAGCUACAAAAAUUAUCUGCAGGUUGACAUAGUUGCAACUGAUGUUGAUGACUUGCGUGCUUGGAAAGGCUGGGUGGAAUCCCGGUUAAGGCAGUUGACUCUUAUGAUUGAUCGGGACACAUAUGGGAAGUUGCAGUGUCAUCCCUACCCUCAUGAGUAUGUGGAUACCUCCAAACCAUGUGCCCAUUGUGCCUUCUUUAUGGGCUUGCAGAGGAAACAGGGGGAGAUGAUACAGGAAGGUCAGCAGUUUGAUAUCCGAGGGACAGUAGACGAAUUUAGGAAUUCCAUAAAUAUGUACAUGUUUUGGAAACCGGGAAUGGAGAUCUAUGUCUCCCAUGUUCGUAGAAAGCAGAUCCCUUCUUAUGUUUUUCCAGAUGGUUACAGACGUGCUCGACAUCCUAGGGUCACAGCACAGCAGCAAUCUGACAAAACAUGCUGUGGAGACAGUGAUGCUUAUGGGAAUGGUUCUAGUGAAAGAGGCCAUAAGAGGAAAAAGGAUUCUGAUGAGAUUGAUGUGAAAAAUGAUAUGCCAGAGAAACGGAAUUCUAUUAGUCCGCAGAGGCGAGAUUCAGUUUCUCCUGAUAUCUUCACUCACAAGUUCGGUGGCCCAUCUUCAGAGUGCUCGGCAAUUGCUGAGGGAAAAGGAACUUUGCAGCUUGAUAAAAGGACAUUUUGUCCUGACGAUGUUGACGGGGUGUGCACAUCUAAUUCUAGUGGGAUAACCUCUCUUUCCAGUGAGAUUGUUUCAUGUGAGGAUAUUGGAACUGAAUCAGUGGCAGGCAGCAGUGAGGGGAACAAUGGGAGUGCUGAAGGAAGUAAUAACUUGGUAUCUUCUCAAAGUGAUUCUGGUGAUGCAGAGUCUGAGUCUCUUUUGGAGAAUGCUUAUGCAGAUGGUGGAGUACUUCAAGAUGGAUUGCAGGAAGAGCUCGAGCCAAAUGCUGCGGUUGAGAUGGCGCCGGACACACUAGGAGUUGAUGCAGAAGCUCUGCAGAAGCCAGUGAUAAGGCAUCAGGUUAAGUUUAACAUCAACAGCGUGAAAGAUCAGAGUUUGUAUAAAGAGGGAAGUCGUUCUUUUCAUGUCGCGGCUAAGAAGACAGAAAGCCAGCAGUUUGGUGUGGAGGCAAAGAGUGUCAUUUGUGUUGAGUGAAAGAGGGGUUGAGAGUUGAGACAACAUUAGUAUAUAUGGCAGCCAAGCUUGGUUUCAAGGGCUGUCCGAAUUCUGGUGCUAGCUAUUGUACUCUUUGUUCACCAUGGCAAUGUAAUAUAAGAUAGGUUUUUCAAAAA